UUUAGGUUUAAGAUUACAAGGUUUAGUGUCACACUAUUGUUAAGAAUUCUUCCAGAAUGAUGCUGUGCAUCAGCUUUGUUGCUGCUGUUUGGGUACACGUGGUGUUUGGUGUUGGAGAGAGAACUCAAGCCGGUUACAAGGAGGAAAUUGUAUUUCCGGAAAGACUGAACUCCAGCUUCCGCCAAGAUCAGCCAGACUGGAAUGGAAAUGGUUUUGAGGGACCCUCUGAAAGUCACCUGCUUUUUCGAUUUCGUGCCUUUGGUGAAGAGUUUGUCUUGGAUUUAGAGAAGGACCCCAGUUUCCUCUCUGAAGAUUUAACAGUACAGUAUUUGGGCAGAAAUGGACAAUCUGAUGCCAACGGUCUCUCGGAAACUGGCAGCGGCUACUUUACUGGAGCAGUGAAUUCAGAUCCAGAGUCCAUUGCAGCAGUGAAUUACAAUGGGGCAUCCCUCAUUGGGGUGCUGCAAUAUCGGGGAGCUGAAUUUCACAUUCAGCCAUUGGAAGGGGGAGGCCAAAACAGUGCUGAAGGUGUGGGGGCACAUGUGAUCCGGAGAAAAGUGCCAGAGCAGACCAAUGGACCUAUGUGUAAUGUGGGACCACAAGUUUCUGUAAGAGUUACUGGGGAUACAGAAAACACCAACCAAGCUGGAAAGUACCAACAAACAGCUAAAAGAUCUAAGAGAUUUGCAUCAGUUCCUCGCUAUGUAGAGACCUUGGUGGUGGCAGAUGAGACCAUGGCCAAAUUUCAUGGAGCAGGCCUCAAGCGUUACUUGUUGACUGUUAUGGCAGCUGCGGCAAAGUUUUUCCGCCACCCUAGUCUGAAGAACCCAGUGAAUGUGGUUGUUACACGUUUGGUUGUAAUAGGGGCAGCAGACAAAUCCAACACUUAUGGUGGUCUGAAGAUGACUACACAUGCAGCAGAGAUGUUGAGGAACUUCUGUGAGUGGCAGAAAGGAUUGAAUAAACCUAAUGACUCUGAUUCAGAGCACUUUGACACAGCAAUACUCUUCACCAGACAGAAUCUGUGCGGUGUGUCCACUUGUGACACAUUGGGAAUGGCUGACGUUGGUACUGUUUGUGACCCAUCAAGAAGCUGCUCCAUAGUAGAAGAUGAUGGAUUACAAUCUGCAUUUACAGCCGCUCAUGAGCUUGGCCAUGUGUUUAACAUGCUCCAUGAUAACUCCAAGCCCUGCAUAGAACUGAACAGACCAUCCAGCAACACAAGGCACAUGAUGGCGCCUGUCAUGUCAUAUGUUGAUCCUGAGGAAUUAUGGUCACCUUGCAGUGCCAAAUUCAUAACCGACUUCUUAGAUAAUGGACAUGGUCAUUGCCUUCUUGAUAAACCACGAACUCCUCUUCGCUUACCAGUGCCCUUCCCGGGUAAUGAUUAUGACUCCGACCGCCAAUGCCAACUAACAUUUGGACCUGAUUCACGCCACUGUCCCAACCUGCACACCCCUUGCUCUUCCCUGUGGUGUACAGGGAGAAUUGAUGGACAUUUCAUGUGCCAAACCAAGCAUUUCCCAUGGGCAGAUGGCACUCAGUGUGGAGUGGGAAAGACCUGCAUGAAUGGACGUUGUAUCAGUAAAGUUGAGAUGAAAGCCUUCAAUAUACCUACAAAUGGUGGGUGGGGAUCUUGGGGCCCCUAUGGAGAAUGCUCUCGAACAUGCGGAGGUGGUGUUCAGUUCUCUCACCGUGAGUGCAACAAACCUGUGCCUCGAAAUGGGGGGAAGUAUUGUGAAGGAAAGAGGACCCAAUAUCGCUCAUGUAAUACUCAGGAGUGUCCAACUGGCAAUGCAAUGACUUUCCGUGAGCAGCAGUGUGCUGUUUACAACCAUAGAACAGAUCUCUUCAAAGGCUUCCCUUCACCAAUGGAUUGGGUGCCAAGAUACAGCGGAAUUGCCGAGAAAGAUCAGUGCAAGCUCACCUGCCAAUCACGACCUCUAGGAUACUACUACGUAUUAGAGCCAAGGGUGUCAGAUGGUACUCCUUGCUCCCCUGACACCACUUCAGUAUGCGUCCAAGGUCGAUGUGUUCAUGCAGGUUGUGACCGAGUUAUUGGAUCAAAGAAGAAGUUUGAUAAGUGCAUGGUUUGUGGUGGAAGUGGAUCUACCUGUACGAAGACCUACGGUUCUUUUACAAAGCCCCGAUAUGGAUAUAAUGAUGUGGUUACAAUCCCAGCUGGAGCCACUAAUAUAUUGAUUCGUCAGAACAGUGGAUCAUCUUCCACCAGUGACGGAGUCUACCUGGCUAUGAAGAGGCAGGAUGGUUCAUUUGCCUUGAAUGGAAACUACAUUCUGGUGCCAUCAGAACUCGACGUCAACGUGGGUGGAGGAAUGACAGUACGUUACAGUGGUGCUACUAAAGCCAUGGAGACCAUUGUAGGACGAGGUCCUCUAAAAGAGUCUUUGACCAUUCAGGCACUAGUGGUCAGUGACCAACGGGCACCAAGGCUAAAAUACACCUUUUUUGUUCCCAAGCCCUCUACACGCUCAGUCAAUCCCAAAAAAACUACAGAAGACUGGAUGAAAAGGAGAGCCCAAAUCUUGGAAAUUUUGAGGAAGACCAGAAAUAGCCACAAGUGAUCCUGGGAAAUGGCAGACUUAAGAACUAAACUGUCUCAUUUAGAGGCAGGAAUACACAUUGACCUAAUUUAUAUUGGGUAAUAAUAGAAGAUGUUGUGGAAUCAGUAAUGAUCAUUAUAAACAAGGCUAACCUACAGCAUGCUAACACUGAAAAUGCCAAAAAUGAGUCAUCAGUUGGGCUAUUUCUCAAAGACUCAGAAGACAUGCUGACUCAUAAUGGUGGUACAGACUUAUAAUGAUGAUGGGAGAUAUAAACUAGGGCAGACUUUGUAGUAAAUUGACUUAUUUGUGUAUAAUAAGCCUCUGCUGUUGGCAGGUCCAGCAAUUGUGGCUUUAUCCAAAUGUUAUCUUGAACGUUUUUGUUCAUGAUAUUACACUUUUUUUUUCUCUGGAUGAGCUUUGGAUGUUUGGAUGUCAGAGUCGCCAUUGGGGAAUGACUAUAAAAAGCUUGAUGCUCCUAUUGAAUAAUGGAGCAGCUCACUUGAGCACUUAGUUAUAAAGGGUUAGAAACAUCAAACCUACAGGACAAAAUGGGGGAGGCGAUGCUUUCUCUUGGACUAAAAGUAGGGUCUGGACACCCAAACUAUUUAAUAUGGACAAUAGAAAUAAAUCAGUGAGGUCACUAAGCAAUGGUUAAGAAGUGUUAGGAGCUAUCCACAAAAGCACUGAUGUGGAAGAUGGAUAAUGUAAAAUGUGUUUUGUGAAGAGUUCCUCAAGCAUGCUUUGGAGCAUGAGUUGAUACUGAAGUAGGGUUUUCCUCAAAAUUUUAUUAAAAGGUCUUUGUAAUACA